AUGUCCCUGCGCCAAAAGCUCGCCGCCCGUGGCUUUUGUUAUCAACUUAUGGCCCGGCCUUUGUUCUUGUUGGCAAACCAGGAGGAGGAUGGCAGGUACUCUAAUACACUCCCCACACCACUCAUCUCUCCAACCGCACGUCUCAUCCGUCUGUUAUGGCCUGAUCUUCAUCCUGGGGACUACCGACACGAAGAAUUUCGGUCCCCUUCGAUGGUCUACAGCCCCACGUCACUUGCUUUGCCCCCUCCGCCUCUUGACUCUCGCACACUCAUGUGGACUCGCUCCCAAUUGUUUUCAGACCUCGUUCACGCCAAUAUAUCAACCUCUCGCAUUUGCAACUGCUUCUGCAUGGGUCCGAAUGUGUUUUGCCAACAUCCCCAACUUCGUUUGGCUAUGAAACAGCUCAAAACACCUGAGCAUGCCAGAGCCGUCCUUCACAAGGCCCCAAUGGCGCUUAGUGAUGCAAUUUCAAACCUCGAUGAGAUAUCUGCUCGAGACCUCGCCAAGUGCUGCUCAGCACGUUUGGAUUCUUUCCAUAAGUGGGUUGGUGUAGCGACAUUGCGAGGCCUUAGAAUAACAUCAGUGCCCGAGGAACUGCAGGCUGAACAAUUUAGCUCUCUUGUGCUACGUGUUCUCUAUCGUCUGCGAUCGCUGUCAGAACAAAUUCUAUUUGAUGCUGCAACCUUUUCCUAUGCAUUUCCACUCCUUGGACAGGUGUUGCUGAGGGGUGGGGUAGACGCUGGGCAAGAUGAUGGUGAUGAAGCACUCGAGCAAGUAACUCUCGUGCUCGAUGUAAAGAGUUGA